GUCUUCAAGAUAACAUCGAAUAAUUUUUAUUCGACGAGGAAAAUGUGCAAUUACGUGAUAUGCUGCAGCAAUUACACGAUCUAUUUACGCACCCUGUAAUACAGUAAUAUUGAUGCAAGAACGCUGAAUACAUAUACGAUAAAUCAAUACAUGAAUUGUAUUGUAUUGUAUGAACAACGUUGUCAAGACAACCAAAGCUAUAACACAGGUUAAUUUGGAUGGAUACACUCGGCUGUUUACUUACCAUCAUAUUCAGUGUGAUAGUGUGAUUUAGUGCAUCAUAAGUAUUACGCAAGUAUAUGUCAUCAUCAAAUUUUCUACUAUUAGACAACUUGGAAUUAUUGCAUCAUGAAUGAAAACGUGAAAUUUAUCGUAACAAAAAUAAAUAAAUUAAUGGGUUGGAAUUACAAUUUAAUUGGAUUCAAUGCUUUAAAUGCCGAAGAUUUAUUACAGAUAUUAUGCAAUGUUUUAAUAAAGAUACAACAACAAGAUGAUUUAGAUACCAAUGCUAGAGUGGACUCUCCGGAAGAAAAUUCUAUAUAUAUUUUAACAACUCUCCGAAUGCUCAAUUAUCAGCCUGAUGUAGAUCCUGUAACUUUUAGGCAAGGUUUAGUUCGAGGUGAGGUCGAAAUUAUCCAUCCUAUAUUGACAUGGCUUUUGACACAUACCGACAUAGUUCAGAAAAGGGCAUACUUGUCACGAUUUCUCGUCAAGGUAGAAAUUCCAUCGGAAUAUUUAGGAGACUCGGAAAUACUCUCUUUACACGAUCAGUAUUUGUCUUUAGUCGACAGAUUCAAGACGGUUCAUAAAGAAAGGGAAAUGGGAAAGAAGAAUGUUGAAACUGCCGCCGAACUUGCAAUGGAUUUACAAGCAAUGACAAAGGAAAAAGAAGCAGUGAUAGCGCGUAUUAGUAAAAUCAAAGCAAAAGCUGAACCUGCGCUGUAUCUAUUGGACACCUGUAGAUUAUUACGAGUAGAGAGGGACAAGGAACGCGAUUUGAUGUCGCAAAAAGAGCAAGAGGAAAAUAUUAUGUCCGAUUUACAAAAUUCCUUCCAUCGGGUUGAACGCGAGUUAUAUAUUUUGAAACGCGAUAGUACCGGGCUCACGCCGCAAAUAUUAAUCCAACAUUUAACAGAAGAGGUAACAGUGCAAUUUGCAAUUGUGAAAGAGAAGCUUCCGUCUGAGCUAAACGCAAAGAAGAAUCGAAUGAGAGCUCUGUCAAUAGUUAAAGGAUAUUCUUAUCUAGGCCCGGAUAAAAUUAUAGCUAUGAGAAACGAUUUAGACACUAUAUUGAAGGACAUACAAGAUUUAGUAGAAUCCAAGACAUCUAAAAAUGAUAUCGAUAAAAUGGAGCCAUUUAGACAGCAAGCCGCUGUCGUCGGAAAUAUGAAGCGGAAUGCUCUCGAACGUUUGGAAAAAGUUGAAAGUUUGUUAGAGGAAUUACAAUUGCGGUUAAAAGAGAAACAAGAUUAUUCGAAAAGUUUAUUGGAAAUGUCGAUGCCCAGAGCGGAGGAAUUUAAAAAAUAUGUCAAUCGUUUGAAAACUAAAAGUGCAGUAUACAAGCGCUGCAAAGCAGAGGUAGCUGGCUUAAAAGCGGAAAGUGGAGUACUUUAUCGAACAACAACUAUUCUAAGCAGACAGAUCAUUACUCAUUCUUAUCCGACAGACGUUUCAUCCACAAUAAUAAUUCCAGAAAACUAUACACUGGAUAAUGCGUUGGCAACAAAUACUCAAUUAUCUCAUUUGAUAGGGGCUUUACGAACCAAUCUUGACCCAAUAAUAAGAGAUAUCAAGACACUACGGCAAGUAGCGUAUGAAAUUGAUGAAAGAUAUCAAAAAGCAUGUAAAAGUCAUAAUACGGUGGAAACGAGUAUGAAAAAUACGACAAGUGAUUUAUUAUCCGAAACAAAACGACUGAAGGACAAAUUAUCAAAGAAUACUGAAGAUAAGAAACAAUUACAACUAAAGAUUGCAAAAAUGAAAAGUAUCGAAGAAAGGCUACGUAAUGAAACGGAGUCUAAUGUUGUUUCCAACGUGGGGCAAACGUUAAAACAGGAAUUACACAAUGCAAUCGCGUUAGAAGAAGAAACUUUAACAAAUUUAAACAAAAAUCAAGAGAAAAUAAAGGAACAAACUGUACAAUAUGAAAAUCAAACGCAGCAAUGGAAUAAUAUCAUGUCAAUUUUUUUAUGUAAGAUCCAAUGUGCUGAAGAAAGUAAGCAGACCGAUGGCAUAGUUAUGCGAAGAGGAGGCGCCGAAACUCUUGUGUUGCAAUAAUUGUGUUAACACUUUCGCAGUCACUCACGUAUUUUUAUGUUUACAUUUUGGUAUAAGUCAGGUGCCGAUCUGUUUUCUGUAUCAUUGUAUUAGGUCGUUUAAUAUGAAAUGUCGGAUUUUAUAUAAUAUAGAGCGACUCUAAACGUUGAGCAGAGUCGAAUGUAUAACGGUUACGAAAGUGUUAAUAUUUAAUACGUACACUUUUACAAGUAGUAUAGGAUGCAAGCACUAAACUCAAGAAAUAUUUUAAAUGUAAAACAAAAAAUAAAUAUACUAAAAAUAUA